AUAUGUGUAUUUUUAUUUUUGUUCUCUUUCUCUUCCCAAAUGUCUUCAACAGGUCCCUUUUCUUGCAUGUUACAGAGACAAUUUAAUCUGAAUGGAAUGCACAAGUUUGGUGAUGUUAUUCUGGGAGGGUUAUUUGGAAUCAACUUUUACACAACAUUUUCUGAACUAUCCUUUACUUCAGAACCAAAGGACCCCAUCUGCAAUGGCUUUGAUGUUCUAGGGUUCAGACAGGCCCAGACCAUGGCCUUUGCUGUUGAUGAAAUUAACAGAAACUCCAAACUGCUACCUAAUAUAUUAUUGGGAUACAGUCUAUAUGAUAGCUGUGUCAAACUAGGAAUCUCAUUCCGUGCAGCUCUGUCUAUGACCAGUGGCAGAGGAGAGCCCUUGCAAUUAAAUGAGAGCUGUUUCGGGAAGCCUCCUUUGCUAGGAAUUGUGGGAGAUUCCUCCUCGACACGUACUAUUGCCAUUUCUAGCAUCGUAAGCUUGUACAAUCUACCUUUGGUGAGUUAUUUUGCCACAUGUUCCUGUUUGAGUGACAGGAAGCGUUUCCCAUCAUUCUUUAGAACUAUUCCAAGUGAUGCAUUUCAGGUGCGAGCUAUGCUCCAGAUUCUGAGGCGGUUUGGCUGGACCUGGGUUGGAAUGUUGAUCAGUGAUGAUGACUAUGGCCUCCACGCUGCCCGAUACUUACAGUCAGACAUGGCACAGUCUGGCAGAGGCUGUCUGGCUUAUCUGGAGACUCUGCCAAGGAAGAAUUACCGAACUGAAUACGAAAGGAUAGUUGGCAUUAUGCGGAAAUCUACCAGCCGUGUGGUUAUAGUCUUUGCACAUGAGACCCACAUGCUUAAUCUUAUGCAAGAGGUGGUAAAGCAGAAUGUUACAGGCCUGCAGUGGAUCGCCAGCGAAGCAUGGACUGCUGCCACUGUGUUACAGACCCCAAGCUAUAUGCCCUUUCUUGCAGGAGCUCUUGGCAUUGCCAUCCGCCGGGGGGAGAUACCAGGACUAAGGGAUUUCCUACUGAGAAUACACCCUGACAAUGAAACACUCAACAGCCAGGACAACAAUUUAGUGAAGCAGUUUUGGGAGAAUAUAUUUCAUUGUAGGUUUGUAUCUGCUGGAAUGGAGGUGGAAAACCCGACACAGGCAAGACAAUGUACAGGGAAUGAGGAUCUAAGGAAUAUAAAAGAUGAAUUCUUUGAUAUGUCUAACCUCAGGCCAGAGUAUAAUGUGUACAAGGCAGUAUAUGCCCUUGCACAUGCCCUACAGGACAUGCUGCAAUGUGUCCCAGGGAAUGGUCCAUUCAAAGAUCAAAGCUGUGCCAGUUUACAAAGUCUAGAAGCAUGGCAGCUUGUACAUUACUUGCAAAUGGUGAAUUUCACCACACAAUUUGGUGAUCAUGUGUCAUUUAAUGAAAAUGGGGAUGCUUUACCAAUCUAUGAUGUGAUGAACUGGAUGUGGCUUCCAGAGAGAGUCACACAGGUUCAAAAUGUAGGAGAAAUCAAAGAAUUGGCAUCGAAAGUCGAUGAUCUCAUCCUUCAUGAAGACAAAAUCUUUUGGAAUUUUGAAUCUAAAAAGCCACCCAAAUCGGUUUGUAGUGACAGCUGUCCCCCUGGCACCCGCAUGGCCAGAAAGAAGGGUGAACCCGUCUGCUGCUUCGACUGCAUCCCUUGUUCAGCAGGAAAAAUUAGUAAUGAGACAGAUUCAACAGAAUGUACCAACUGUCCGGAGGAUUUUUGGUCCAACUCACAACGUGAUCACUGUGUUCCCAAAAGAAUGGAAUUUCUUUCCUACUUGGAACCACUGGGCAUCUCCUUGACCACUGCUUCAUUAUCCGGUGCACUUUUAUGCACUAUUGUUAUUGGAGUCUUCACCUAUCAUCGUACCACCCCAGUGGUUAGGGCCAACAACUCAGAGCUCAGCUUCCUCAUUCUGCUGUCACUCAAACUGUGCUUCUUGUGCUCAUUACUUUUCAUUGGUCAGCCAAGGCUGUGGACUUGUCAGUGGAGGCAUGCAGUAUUUGGGAUCAGCUUUGUUCUAUGCGUCUCAUGUAUCCUGGUGAAGACCAUGGUAGUUCUGGCGGUAUUCAAGGCCUCCAAACCAGGAGGUGGCGGUAGUCUAAAGUGGUUUGGGGCAAUGCAACAGAGGGGGACAAUUGUAUUUCUGACCUUAAUCCAAGCAGCAAUUUGUACAACCUGGCUUGUGUCUUCCUCACCUAUUCCUCAUAAAAACACCCAAUAUCAUAGUGACAAGAUAAUUGUUGAGUGUCUUGUAGGGUCCACAAUUGGAUUCGGAUUAUUGCUAGGAUAUAUUGGCUUACUGGCUAUUCUCAGCUUCUUGCUUGCAUUCUUGGCACGGAAUCUACCAGAUAACUUCAAUGAGGCCAAGUUUAUCACCUUCAGCAUGCUUGUCUUCUGUGCUGUUUGGAUAGCCUUUAUCCCAGCCUAUAUUAACUCCCCUGGAAAAUAUGCAGAUGCUGUAGAGGUAUUUGCCAUUCUCGCUUCUAGUUUUGGGCUGUUGGCGGCACUGUUUUGUCCUAAGUGUUAUAUCAUUUUGCUUAAACCUGAGAAAAAUACCAAAAAAGCAAUUAUGGGUAGAGGUAAAAACUAA